CGUGGCCGAUAUAUCAUCCUGCUGGUCGCUCGGCCUUGCCCUUGGUCGCCUUCUGCUUUCCCGGCCCGCAUCUCCCGCGACGCUUAUUUAUUUAUCUAUCUCGCUCCUCGCGCUUCCCGCCUCUCUGGACGGCUGCCGAAUCGAACGAGUCUUCAGCCCUUGCCCUGUCUCUGCCUCGAGAAUAUCGCCAUCUGCUGGCCCUGGUCUUCUCGCUCGUCCAAGCCUUAAUCUGAAAGCGCUUGUCUUUGCAACCAUCUCUGCUGGCUGCCGUUUCUGCUGCUGUGCUCCUUCCCCCUCAGUUCCUUCCCACCAUGGUCGCCAUGCCACCCCAUCUUGAGAAGCGUUCUCUCACUCCCACCCCGACUACCACCAUUACCGCCGCUCCCGUCUAUGCUCGCGCUCCUUCCGUCAACAUCGACUGCCUGACCAGCACCGGCACUCCCACCGCCGUCCCGAACUACACCCCCACCGGCACCCCUGUCUACGUCGGCACCCCGACCGUCAUCAAUGGCUACACCACCUACAUCGGCACUCAGACCACCGCCCCCGGCGGUGGCAGCUCUGGCGGUGUCGUUGUCACCCUGACCGGUAGCGUUCCUGGAGGCCCCACCAACGGCCCCAAUGGCCCCAACGGCCCCAGCGGUGGACCCAAUGGUCCCAACGGCCCUAGUGGCGGACCCAAUGGUCCCAACGGUCCCAGCGGUGGAUCGAUCGGCCCCAACGGCCCCAGUGGCGGCCCGAACGGUCCGAACGGUCCCAGUGGAGCCUCUGGCGGCAGCGUUGUCAGCGGUACCGUCCCUGCCGGCCCCGCUGUUAGUGGUGCCACUAACGUCCCUGGCUCUCCCAGCGGAGCCUCUGGUGGCAGCGUCGUGAGCGCCACUGUUCCUGGCGGCCCCGUCCCGAGUGGCGCUGUCUCUGGCUCGGUUUCCGGCGGCACCUCAAUCACCCCCACCCCCGGAACCGUUAUCCCCGGUGGCAACGUCCCCGAAACUCCCUUCGGCCCCAACGGACCUAUUGUCCCUGGCAUCCCCGGCGGUGGCCUGAUCUACCCGCCCAACUCUACCAACAACGUUGCGAUCGGUGUCGGUGGCGGUCUCACCCUCCUCUUCCUGGCUCUCCUCCUCAUCGCCGGUCUGGUCAAGCGCAAGCCCAAGACGGCCGGCGCUGCCAGAAUCGUCGACGACCUCGAGACUGGCGGCUACGCUGCGGAGGUCCCUGUCGGCACCAACGUCGAGGAGAUUCCCUACAUUGCCCCCGUUGUCCUUGGUGGUGGCGAAGACACCGACGUCGCUGUCCCUGUCGAGACCCAGCCCUCGGAAGCCCCUAUCCUGCCCGCUGUCGCCACCGUUGGCUCUCGCUUGUCGUUCAGCGAAGUCGGCGCCGUUGUCGAGGAAGAAAAGCCCCUGCCCGGCGCCCCUGUUGAGGACACCACCCUUGCCAAUGUGCCCCCUGUUGCCUCGGGUUCUGGCUACGAGACCCCCGCCCCUGCACCUCACACUGGCGAAAAGCUGGGCAUCCUGGCCGGUGUCACCGCCGCUGCCGCCGCUACCGUCGCUGCUGUCGUCACCAAGACCCGUCGCCGCAAGCACCACGAUGUCGAAGAGGAGGCGGUUCCUGCCGCUCCCACCGAAGAAGACAAGAUCCUGCCCGAGAUCCCCUCUCAGCCCAUCUAUGGUACCGAUGAGAUUCCUCCCGAAGUCCCCGCCAAGGGCCCCACCGAAACCACCACCACCGAAUACAACUCUGUCCCCGUCCCCGGCGCCGAUGAGACCCUCGAUGUCCCCGUGUCCCCCGUCGGCACCGAGUCGUCCGGCAAGAAGUGGUCCGAGAAGGUUCUCCUCGGUGUUGCCGGUGCCGCCGCCGCGACCACCACGGCCGUCUCCAAGACCAUCAAGCGCAUCAGACACCCCAAGACUAAGACCGAGGAGUCCGAGAUCACCUUUGUUCCCACGACCGAGGAGGAGAUUGUCGAGGAGGUUGUCGAGGAGCACCACGUCCCCCACCCCAUCCACGAGGUCAUUCCCGAGCACACCUACGACCACCUUGGCACCUGCACCGGCCACGACCACGACCACGAUCAUCCUCAUGAGCACACCGCCACCGAAGUCGUCCAAGUCGUCCAGGACGACACCAUUGUCCCUGUUCCCGUUCCCGUUCCCGGUCCUCAGACCACCACCCAGACCUCUAAGGUUGUCACUCGUCGCCGAGUCGUCCGCAACGGUGUCGAGGUUGAGGAAGAGAUCCCCGCUGCCCCCGUCGACGAAGAGCAAGAUCUCCCCGAAAUCCCCACCGUUGAGAUUGCCGAAGGCCCUGCCCCCGCCCCCACCACCACCGAGUCCAGCUGGACCCAGCGCUUCACCAACGUCGUUACCGGCGCCGUUGCCUCCGCCACCACCCUCGUCACCGGCAAAUCCAAGGACCAGACCACCACUGUUCAGCCUUCGCAGUCCCAGACCAUCCAAAAGUCUAAGCGCAUUGUCAGACGCGUGAUCCGCCAGCCCGAUGGCACUGAAGUUGUUGUCGAGGAGGAGCUCCCUGAGGGCGUCGAACUCCCCGAGACCAACGGCAACAGCACCACCACCACCACUACCCGCAAGACCAACGUCGUCGCCGUCCCCACUACCAACGAGUCCAUCCUCCAGAAGACCAAGCGCAUUGUUCGUCGUGUGAUCCGCCAGCCCGAUGGUACUGAAGUUGUUGUCGAGGAGGAGCUCCCUGAGGGCGUCGAACUCCCCGAGACCAACGGCAACAGCACCACCACCACCACUACCCGCAAGACCAACGUCGUCGCCGUCCCCACUACCAACGAGUCCAUCCUCCAGAAGACCAAGCGCAUUGUUCGUCGUGUGAUCCGCCAGCCCGACGGCACCGAGGUUGUCGUUGAAGAGGAGCUCCCUGAGGGCGCCGAGCCUCCCGCCGGCAGUGUCACUACCGUGCGCCGCCUUGUCAACGGUGUCGAGGUUGUCGAGGACGACGAAAGCUCCCGCCAGCCCACCACCGUCACCAACUCUUCCCUUCUUCGCAAGGUCAUUCGAAAGCGUAUCAUCACCAACCCCGAUGGUACCCAGACCGUUGAGGAGGAAGAGGUGCCCGAGCACGAGCAACAGUCGGCUGUCGCCUCGGUCAGCAAUGUCAUCAAGAAGCGUAUCGUCAAGAAGGCCGACGGCUCGGAGACCACCACCGAGGAGACCAUCUCGACCGAUGGCCGUGACAUCCUCCACGACGACGAGUGGAAGAGCUAUGUCACCACCCAGAACACCCCCGAGGAGGAGGAGACCGUCACCACGACCACGACCAACACCACCCAGAAGGUUGGCACCACUCAGGUCAUCCGCAAGAAGAUCGUCACCAACGCCGACGGCACCCAGACCGUCACCCAGGACGUGGUUGAUGCUGACGAUGCCAAGUUCCGCGACCUGAUCCGCAACGGCGCCAACGGCAAGGCUGUCCGCAAGACCAUCGUCACCAACCCUGAUGGCACCCAGACCAUCACUGAAAACGAGGUCACUAGCGAGGGCGUUGGCAACGACGUCAAGUACAACACCCAGGUCAAGAAGCUCAUCAAGAGGUCCGACGGCACCGUUGUCGAGGUCGUUGAUGGCGCCCAGGUCUAAAAAUUCCCAACUGAAGUUUUGGCCCCCCCCCAUCGCCCAUCAUCAUCAUCAUCAUCAUCGUCAUCCGACUCUUUCACUCCACCACACACCCUCCCUCCUCGAG